AAAUUUGGAAAUUUAUUUUUAUUCUAUGGUCCAUAGAGUUAAUUCAUUCUGAAUUAAAAAAAAGCACGGAUCUUUUCAAGUUUUCAAAGCGGCACGUGUAGACGCGAUUCGCUUUAACGUUGCAUGGAAUAAAUAGUUUGAUUUCUAUUCAAAAAUGCCGUCUGACGCCAAAAAACGCGCUCAGCAAAAGAAAAAGGAGCAAGCUACUAACAGAAAUAAAAAACCUAUUGCCAAAAUUACAUCGGGCGAGCAGAAUGGAACAGAAACGAAUGGCACCACUAAAGAGGAUCGUGAGCUCACUGCCGAAGAGGCGUUAUGUUUGAAAUUAGAAGAAGAAGCUAAACUGAACUCAGAAGCAAGGUCCUGUACUGGUUCUCUAGCAGUUCAUCCACGCUCGAGAGAUAUUAAAAUAGCAAAUUUCUCUAUAACUUUUUAUGGAAGUGAACUUCUCCAGGAUACUUUGCUAGAGUUGAACUGUGGAAGGAGAUAUGGGCUUGUGGGACUCAAUGGAUGUGGAAAAUCAUCAUUAUUGGCUGCACUUGGACGUCGUGAAGUACCCAUACCUAACCAUAUUGAUAUCUUCCACUUAACCCGAGAAAUGCCUGCUUCUGAUAAAACUGCCUUACAGUGUGUAAUGGAAGUGGAUGAAGAGCGUAUUCAGCUUGAAAAACUUGCAGAAGAACUUGCUCAAAGUGAAGAUGAUGAAGCACAAGAGCAGUUGCUUGAUGUGUAUGACCGCUUGGAUGAUUUGAGUGCGGAUACUGCUGAAGCUCGAGCUGCUAAUAUUCUCCAUGGUCUUGGGUUUACUAAGGAAAUGCAACAGAAAGCUACUAAAGAUUUUUCUGGAGGUUGGCGUAUGCGAAUCGCGCUGGCGCGAGCAUUGUACGUGAAACCCCAUCUCUUAUUACUUGACGAACCUACUAAUCAUCUUGACCUGGACGCUUGUGUGUGGCUGGAAGAGGAACUUAAACAAUACAAACGUAUUCUGGUGCUGAUAUCCCACUCGCAGGACUUCUUGAACGGGGUCUGUACAAAUAUUGUCCACAUGAGCAAGCGUCGGCUUAAGUACUACACUGGUAACUAUGAAGCAUUUGUGAGGACUAGAAUGGAACUCCUUGAGAAUCAAAUGAAACAGUACAAUUGGGAACAAGAUCAGAUUGCACACAUGAAGAAUUAUAUAGCCCGGUUCGGUCACGGUUCCGCAAAGUUGGCUCGUCAAGCUCAAUCUAAAGAAAAGACAUUGGCUAAAAUGGUGGCUCAAGGGUUGACUGAAAAGGUUGUUGAUGAUAAAAUUCUUAACUUCUACUUCCCGUCAUGUGGAAAAGUUCCGCCGCCAGUUAUUAUGGUGCAGAAUGUAUCGUUCCGGUACACGGAUGAAAGUCCAUGGAUCUAUAAGAACCUUGAGUUUGGUAUUGAUUUAGACACCCGGCUUGCUCUGGUUGGGCCUAAUGGUGCUGGCAAGUCCACUUUACUCAAAUUGCUCUAUGGAGAUCUUGUACCGUCAACUGGCAUGAUUCGUAAGAAUUCUCACCUUCGCAUUGGGAGGUACCACCAGCACUUACACGAGCUUCUAGAUCUUGAGCUCUCGCCUCUUGACUACAUGAUGAAGGAGUUCCCCGAAGUCAGGGAACGGGAGGAGAUGAGGAAAAUUAUUGGCCGCUAUGGCCUCACCGGCCGACAGCAGAUAUGUCCGAUGCGGCAAUUGUCUGACGGGCAACGGUGUCGCGUUGUGUUCGCCUGGCUGGCAUGGCAGACCCCGCACUUAUUGUUACUAGAUGAACCGACUAACCAUCUUGAUAUGGAAACUAUUGAUGCCUUAGGAGAUGCUAUUAACGAAUUUGACGGCGGCAUGGUUCUUGUUAGUCACGACUUUAGACUAAUUAACCAGGUUGCCGAAGAGAUUUGGAUUUGCGAAAAUGGUACUGUCACUAAAUGGGAAGGUGGUAUUUUGAAAUACAAGGAUCACCUCAAGUCGAAGAUAUUGAAGGACAACGCUGAUAACGCCGCUAGAAUGCGAAAAUAAUAAGCACAUUCUGGGUAACUCGGUUUUAGUAUUCAAAUCAGUUAUUGUUGAUUAUUAGGUAUCAAGGUCAAAUCAGUUAAAAAUAACCUAUAAAAUUAAAAUAAAAUUUAACAUUGCAACCAAUUUUUUAUAUUUUCCUGUAUUCGUAUUUUUUAAAGGCAAUUAAUAGUUUUCAGUCAAUUUGUAUUUUAUAGAAUUACCUACACCUUUAUCAAAUAAAUUGAGCGCAUUUUAAUUUGAUGUUUCAUAUUAUUGUUGUCUACUGUUCACUAAUUGUUACAAUUUUAUCAAUUUAAUUCUCAACAAAGGUGAAUAAAGCAAGGCAGCUUAUAUUAAACGAUGUAUCGACUAUAUAAAUGAUUAACCAAACUAAGCUAGCUUUCAUUGAUUAGAGAAUAAUUUGAAAUCCCUAAAUGACAUAAUUAUUAGAUAUUUUGCCUUAUAAAUUUAUAUAUAUUCCGCAUUCUACCGACACCAUUUCUGCAGUCAAGUGUAAUUAAAUAUUUUAGUUAAAUAUGGCCUUGAAAGAUUAGUGAAAAGCUGCUAGCGUUGUAGCUUUAUUUUAAGGAUUCUUGGAUUUUUAAAAUUUUUAAAUGAUUAUUAUGUGAGGAUUAUAUAGUAUUGCUAGAUGCACGAGAAAACUCCAAUAUAUGUAAAGGUCCAUAGUUGAAAUAAGGAAUAUAAAAAAGUUUUAUACGCGUAAUAAAUUUAUUUAAAAAAUAACCGUAGUGUUCCGGUUACCCAGAGUGGUUUUUUUAAUCUAUUUGUGUCGUACAUGUAAUUGUAUGGACAAUUAUAUUUCGGGAUUUAGCACAUCAUUUAAUAUGUGAGAAAAUGUGUAUUAAAACCACUUUUAACAAAGCUUCCUUAAUUAACUUGUUUAUGUUACAAAACAGUGAAAUAGGAGUAUUAUUAUAUUAAUAGUGAUAUUUUUCAUAUGUUAUCUAUAGUGUGGUGCAAACCACAAUGUAAUAGUAAAUGAUAGUGAAUGUUGUACAGCAAAAGUGCAUUAUAGAAAUAAAACUGAAUUGUUAUCACCGCUCUCUCGUAAUUUUUGCUUUGCUUAGAGCUGCGGCUGUAGUAACACCGGUGUUGAAUAAUGAAACUAGUGGCAUCGGAUUCAACGAAUUCCUUGUAUGGUUUUAUUUUCAUGCUUUGCAUUAUCUUUUAUACAAAUAAUUCAAUACGAUGAAUCUGAUGCUUGCAGUAUCUAUGGAUAGCAAGAAUGUUUAGUCCAAUACAAAUCGAUGGACCAAUCAUUCAGUGUGAUCUAGAAACUAACUGAUAAACGCUAGUAGUCUCAAUAAAGUGAUUAAAUAGA